AUGUCUAGUGAUUUUGCCGACCAACACAUAGCUGGAAAGUACCGAAACCUGGAUUUGAACUUGGGUCCCCGGAUUUCUCUGCUGCUCAGACAACCAGAGGACGAUGCACGUGACCAGAAAGAAGGGCAACACGGGGACCCGAGCCAUCAUCACCAGCGACAAAAAUCACAACAGGAGCACGAGCUAGGACUUAUUAAUGUUAUAACGAGCUUAUCCUGUGCCAGGAAGUGGUCUGAGUUUGAAAUUCUUUCUCUCUACAGAAUAUUCACCAAAAAAACCUAUGGAAUGGAAGUUGCAGAAAUGAGGUCCAGAGACAUCAACAAGCCUCAGUUCACACGGUUAAAUAAGGAGCAGAGCAGAAAAUCAAACGCGGGGUCUCAGACCUCAAAGUUUAGCCACUGCUCUCCUGUCAGUGCAUUCAGUGUCAGGCAACCGGCUUUGACUGUCAUCAGGUUAAUAGUUAUUAUACCUUUGUUUCUGGGCUUUUAA